GUGUAUAGUGUGUUUAUACUGAACCCCGGAAGUGUAAACUACGUUAUUGAAUCCUGGAAGUGUACAGUGUGUUUAUACUGAACCCCGGACGGAAGUAUACACUGCGUUCUCAUUAAAUCCUGGAAGUGUAGACUGUGUUUAUACUGAACCCUGGAAGUAUACACUGCGUUAUCAUUGAACCCUGGAAGUAAGCACUGUGUUUACACUGAACCUCGGAAGUAUACACUGUGUCUACGCUGAACCUCGGAAGCAUAUACUGUGUCUACGCUGAACCUCGGAAGUAUACACUGUGUCUAGACUGAACCUCGGAAGUAUAUACUGCGCUCUCUUUGAAUCCUGGAAGUGUACAUUGUAUUUACAUUAAACCAGCUGGAAGUGUAGAAUUUGUUAAAUAAUAAAAGGAAAUCGCCUUUGAUGUCCAAGGAAAUAAAUGUUGAUCAAUCAAUCAAUCAAUAAAUGUGUGAACAUUGAUCCCUGAAAGUUUACACUACGUACAUAUUGAAUCCUGGAAGUGUAUAUAUUGAACCCUGAGAGUUCUGUACACUGUGUACAUAUGCCUGCUCCCCAUCCCGUGUACAGUGAACUGUACGAGAAGAAUUACUCGGCCUGGAUAAUGGAAACUAAUACUGAGGACAGUGUUGUAUCAGAGCUUGAACUAUUCUCUCAGUCUGUUGUUAACAUCACAAAACUAGGGUUCAGGACUAUAGCUCAGUAUAUUGAUAUAGACUACAUGUUAUGGAUGCGAUGGCUACUCUCUCCAGUUAUAAUUGCAUUUGUUAUUCUUCCCAGCAUAAUCCUGGCAUUUAUUUACAUAUCUUCUAUAAUCCUCUACAUAUACAGAGCUCAUAGAAACAGAUUAAUUAAUAGAAUUCAAGGAUAUGUGGAACAAGGUGAUUUCUGGACUGCUGGUAGAGAAAUUGUCGCUACUUUGUGGGACGCCCAUGCCUGGCUCUGGCAUGGGUAUGAGUUGAAAGGACUAGAAAACCUUCCUACAGACCAGGGAUGUAUGCUUCUGUAUUAUCAUGGCGCUAUACCUCUGGACUAUUAUUAUCUUGUUAACAGGAUUUUACUACUGAAGGGUAUACUAGUAAACUCUGUUGUGGAUAAAUUCCUGAUGAAACUCCCUGGAGUCAAGAUAAUCAUUGAUGUUUUUGGAUGCACUGCAGGAACUGUUGAAUCUCUAGCUGAUAUGAUGGUUGAGGGGAAAAUACUGGGAAUAUCUCCUGGUGGAGUUUAUGAAGCUCAGUUUGGAGAUCAUUAUUAUAAUGUGAUUUGGCGUGAAAGACUGGGGUUUGCUAAAGCUGCAAUACGGGCCAAGGCACCAGUAGUUCCUGUAUUUACUGUUAACAUCAGGGAAGCUUUCAGAACUUUCCCUUUUUUCCACAACUUCUGGCAUUGGAUCUUUAUGAAAACCAGACUUCCAUUCAGACCUCUGUUUGGUGGGUUCCCAGUAAAGUUGACAACCUAUAUAGGACCUCCUAUAUAUAUUAACGAUGAGACAACUCCUGAACAACUAAGAGAUCAGUGUAAGACUGCUCUUGAGACUAUGAUCGCUGAACAUCAAAGAAUUCCUGGACGUAUUCUACCAGCAAUACUUGAUAGAUUCUGGUGGAGAAAUAGAGAUCAUUCGGACUAAACAUAGAUCAAAUUUUCCACAGAUCAAUCAGAGAUCAAUAAUUUGUACUUCUUUUAAAAUAGAGAUCAGAGAUCAGUACUUCCGGAGAUCAUUCAGAUUAAAGCUAAGCUAUCAAAUGUUUCUUGGGUGUAUUCAAUUCUUAGUAAACAUAAGAAAUCGUUAUUUUUACUGCUUUUAUCAAUAAUCAGAGAUUAAUUAAAAUCAAAAAUAAACAUUUAAAAAAAAAUUAGAUUAAAUAUUUAAGACAAAUUAUCAUCAUGAUCAUUUCGAUGAAAUGUCAGAGAUCUAUACUUAUAUGAUUUAAAGCCUUAUUUCUGUAGACGAGAACAUCUUAAACGUAUUUAUUCUGGCAUUUUUUAAUUAAUAUAAAGUAGUAAUCUCUGUUUGUCAUAUCUCGUAAACCCAAUUGGUCAAUGACUGUCAGACUGAUUCGCUUCAAAUUAUGUUGGGAGAACUUGAUAGAUCUUGAUAGAACUUGAUAGAACUUGAUAGAACUUGAUAGAACUUGAUAGAACUUGAUAGAACAACAGAAAUGUUUUUCUAAAUUCUGAAUUGAGAGUUGAAAAAGUUUAGAUUUCCAGGCAAAGCUGGGUUCCCAAGAAAAUAAAGAAUAUAUAUAUAUAUAUAUAGAAUGGGCAUUGAGAAUUACUAUUCUAGAAACAGACCUGACCAUAACUAAUCUUGGUAAUACUGAGGAUCAUAAUUCAGCAUUUAUUUAUUUAUUAGAGUUCAAACAAUGUCCUAUGAUGAAUUUGUUAUUGAACAUUUAAUCGGUUUUUGAAUUGACCUCAAAGUUCCUAACAAAUUAAUAAGUUUGCAAAUAACCAAGAAAUUGCAAUUUUCAUCUUUUGACUGAAUUUGAUGUCCUCCUUACCCUUCCCCUCAAAUCUUAAGAAAUCUAUGAUUAUUAUGUUGUUAGCUUAAUAAUAAGAAUAUUUAUCAAUAAAACUUAAAUAAACAAGAAAGAUAAGAUAAUGAUUAUAUUUACACUUGACAGUUAGUUUGCUACAUUUUAGAAAUGUACUUCAGUGAUAUUGUUUAAUAUUAUUAAAAAUAAAAUAGAUUUUUCAGUUUUUAUUUAAGUAAAAUGAAUAUUAGAUUUCAGUAAGCAUGCAGCAUAUGUUAAAUGUACAUUAAAAUUUAAAGAUAAUUGGAUCAAUUUAAACUCUUUCACUCAUUGCGUAGAGAUCGAGAGAUCUUUCAUUUGUCAAAUCUCAAAGUUUUAAUGAAAAAGAGAUCAGUAGAUCACUUGAACUCAAUUCGGACAAAGAAAAAAUUAAAUAGUUUUAAAUUAUCCUCGUUAACAGAAAUUCAAAUUGUUUACUUUACUUAUAGAAUUGAUAUUUUAUAUGCUUUACUUAU